UUUGAUGUUCGCAACAAGCGAGACCCUGCGACGGCCGAUGGAGAUGAGCGGGAGCUGUUGGAGCUCGUGCAGGAGAUGGAGAGCGAGGAGAUCACAACCCAGGCAGAGAUGGCCGCUGGCGAUGGUGAAGAAGACGAGUCAGACAAUGCUGAUGACGAGGUAGAUGGGAUGGCAGAGCUUACGGACGAGGAGCGGGCGCAGUUCGAGCGUGAGGUCCUUCCUGUGAAGCUCACAAUGGCCAAGCUCCGAAAGCUCGCCUUCAAAAUCGUGCACUCAACAACGAAACUGUUGCCCGUGUGGAAGGAGCUCUUGGCGGAGCUGGGGCAACCGGUCGUGUUGAUCCCUCGAGACGUCCGGACGCGGUGGAAUUCGACGUUUGACAUGCUGGACAGUUGCCUGAAGCACCAGAAAGCCCUCACCCAGCUGUGUAGCGACAAGAGUAACGGGCUG